AUGGCCUUGAGUACAAGCCAGAGUCCGGCAACAGAGCCUCAGCCUACACAGAAGCCUGGUAGCGUCACCAAAGGCAAGCCAAAGGGAUACAAGAGGAUCAAAUUCAAGUCAUGGCAGCCUACAGCGGAAUCAGAUCCGCACGACAUUAACGGAGGAAGGACGAAGUGGAGGCUGAACCGGCAUGUGAAGAGGUCUGCAACAGAUGCCAGCCUGAACUCUUCGGCAACUCAGCAGGCGGAACGAAAGACUGUCGUGAUCACAGCCCAUACGUACAGGUGUCCGACGCCGCUACAGCACAGGAGUCUCCCAGAGAAUGGGCAUCGUCAGGACCCAUUCGUCACCCUACCCAUCGAAGCCACCCCGGAUGUCACAUCGGCAAUGGACUUCUUUCUAGCUACUUGUGUGCCCGAGAAUAAGCAGUCCGAAUGGUUGGUUGGCAAGCCGAACCCGCACAUGGCCUUGCUCUUCCCAUUUAUGCUCAAGGAUGCCAUGCUCUUCGAGAUUGUCGUCGUACUUUGUAGAGCAUCGAUCCUCAUGGCACAGGGAAAGAAAGUCAAAGAAGACCGACCCUUCGUCCUUCGCCGAGCGCAUGCCAUCAAAACAAUCACCAACAACCUAACAUCGCCGCAAGGCAUAAGUGAUGCGUCCCUCCUGAGCAUAACCAUGGUAUUGACCUUGGAGUACCUGACUGGCAACGUUGCGGCGGUUGCGGCCCAUCUUGAUGGCAUUCAACAGAUGCUUCAACUCCGUGAAGACCUGGACGGCAGUACGCCAUGGAAGCGCUUCGUAAGAGCAGGAGUCUUGGCUUACCAGUCCCUGGGAUGUUUCGUUACGGGAAAGCCGAUGAACAUACCAGGCACCUCGCCUGGAUACGUCAAAGAGGCAUUCAAUGAACUCGGCCUUAAUGAGCCACUUUCAUAUCCAGGGCUGCCAUUCUCGCCUGAGCUUUGCACAAGUCUCUCGCGUCUACCUCCCGCAUUCGCCGAAUUGUGUCUCUGUGGUAAUGUGUCAAAGCAGAUCAUGAACUUUCUCGCCUUCGCCCAGGCCACGACAAACCUUUUGUCUCAUAUGGAUGAAGCGGAUGAACGGGUUGACCACGAGAUACAAGUAAUGCUCGCCGCACUCCAGCGGUUAGGAUUCGCUGAGAAGGCAACGAUUGAGAGCUAUCUUGUGUGCGGUCUACUGGCAUACGCUUUUCAGUUGAGACAACUUAGAUCGCUAAACAUAUUCCACGACCCGCCGCUAAGACAUUUCAUCGACCAGAUGCGUAAGCAUGAGAAGCCCGACUCGAAAAGAGCCCAGGAUACCAUGAUAUGGAUUUCCAUAUCUGUAGGUGGAGCGUUGGGUUUGCGGACCAUGGCGAUGCCUGGCGGCCAUGAGGUGCUUGAUAGAAUGUUCCGCCUCUAUCCGGAGUCGAGCAACUGGUCAUAUGUGGAUUGGGUACUGAAAGCGCACUUUUGGACAGAAAGCCUUGGUCGCCAUUGGGAGAAGGUCUGGAGCACUGGCUUCGAUAGAUGGACAAUAGUCAAAAACCAGUCGAUUCCAUCGGAGCUGAAGCUCAUUUACCCAGGCAGCAGACCGGAGGACGAUUUGGUCGACGGUCCAUCAAUUACCUUCGACCAAACUAUAGAGCACACUAGGAGCGCAGCAUAUUCGAUUGCACAUAUGAUGGAUGCUGCGAAACGGUGUCCUUUUCAGGCUCGCCUUGGUCCCUCAAUGCAGAUGCCGGAGCUAGAUGGCAUGAGUAUGAGCCUGGGAUGUGUCCGAUGA